CAAAGAAGGGAAAUAAUCACCUAAAUGUGGAUUUUGGAAGUUUUCCUCCUAUUAUUUGUAAUGGUUUUAUAAAUUAAUAAUUACAAAAUACUUCAAUAACUGACUCAUGCAUGUUUUCACCAGUUACUUCUCCCCCUCAAAGUGCAGCCGCCAGAUAACCGCAUGAGAUGGUGAGAAUCCUCCAGCUGUGCCGCUCUCUCUCUCUCUGCAGGGUGACAUCACUUCACAGCCCGCUGAAAAGAAGCUUCAGACGCUCAGGCAGAGGAGUACUCAUGGCAGAUCGGGUGUUAGUGCUGGCCGUUGGUUUGUCUGUGGUUCUGCUGCUGCUGCUGCUCGGUCUGAUCGUGUAUUAUCUGUGGAGGAGUAAGAGGAUGAAGGCUCGCAGUCAGUAUGAGGAGCUGCUCCCUUCAGCGCCUUCAGUACCAGCCUGCUCUGCUCCGGUGAUCCUGGUGUCUCAGGACUCUUUGCCCACGCUCCGUGAGAUCCCCUUCACGGUUCCUCCUCGCUUCACCACACAAAACCAAGGUGACCUGAAAAAUGAAGAGGAGGCGGGGAUGAAGAUGGAGACCCAGAGAGACAUUCUAGCUCAUCGUGGGUCGCUCUCAGUAAGCAGAUGGUACCCGGUGGGGACGGUGCUGGCCGGCCUCUACUCUCUCCCUCCUCUCAACGAGGUGGUGGCACCACCUCCCGGCAUGGCCACCCGUCUCUGCUUCUCCGUGGAGUACCGGCACAGCAGCGAGCAGCUCGCGGUCUCCUUGCUCCGCCUCGGUAACCUCCCUCCCCGUUUCCACGGCAACGUGACGCUGGUGGAGCUGCGGCGUCUCCCUGACGACCGGCGGCCCCGCCAGGCCAAGGCCCGGGGCACGGGGCCCGACCCCGAGUUCAGCGACCGCUUCGUUUUCCAGGCGAGGAGACGGACUGAACGACGGAGAAAACAAAAGAGCGAUCCGUAUCUCACGCGCUUCCCCCGUGGUUGCACUCCGCAGGUGUCGUGCGUGUGCGUGCCCCGCAGCACCCUGAGCGUGUGUGUGCUGAGCGUGGGGCAGGACGGCAAACGCCACGCGGUGGGCAGGGCGCUGGUUCCUCUGGAGGGGGAGCUCGGGCAGGCCGGCAGGGUGCUGUGGAGGGACCUGGAGACAGAGGACCACGUACAGUGUUCAGAGCUGGGUGACGUGCAGAUCUCCCUCAGCUACAGUCCGUCUGUGCAGCGCCUCUACGUGGUCGUUCUGAGGGCUCGAGGGCUGCAGCUGCUCACCGAUGCAGGUGUGUGUGUCCAGGCGAGCUUACAGAUACACACUCAGGUGGUGAAGAUGAAGCGCAGCUGCGUGGUGAAAAGUCAAAACGACCCCACCUUCCACCACAGGGUGACCUUCAAACUGCGCUCGCAGCACCUGGACGAGGCCUGUCUGAGAUUCGAGCUGCAGCAGCCAAACGUCGUCCCCUCAGAGCCCCCGGCCCUGCUGGGAGUGCUGGUGUUGGGGCCCUUCAUGUACGCCAGGGGCCAACAGCUGCAGCACUGGAUGGACAUGGUCAACACGCCACAGGAGGCUGUUGAACUGUGGCACGGACUGGGCAGAGCUACUUAAACACAUGCCAACGCUGUGUUGAAGGGGAACUGAAUGGGUACAAAGUCACUUUGGAAGCAACUUUAACCCAUUUUUUAAAGACAAUUUAAUUGUCAUCCUUAAUCUACAAACAGAUCUUUUAUUAAUCACCCUCACCUGAAUCAUACUUGAACCUUUCUACAGCUUAUAAUCUUUUUCUUGAUUUGACUUUUUCUUUUUCGACUCUAUUUGGCAAUCACUAAUUAGAUAUUUUGCAACUUAAAAGUGGAUAGUUCAUAUUUAACACCUCAACAUUUCGUAGUAUGUUUCAUUAAAAUGUGUAUAAUUUUGUAAAUAAAUUUAGAUGUAAUAAAGUUACCGUGAUUUUAUCAAUACUUUUUCUUAUUCAGCGUCGUCAUUGCUGAUUGUUAAAUUCCCUUUACAAUUUUUGUUGAUGCGUUUCUUCUAUUUUUGUUCGAAGAAAGUCAAAUAUAAAAACGUUUUGUUUUUUAAAGUGAAAAAAUAAGCCUGCAAAUGUCUUGAAAAGGUCAAAAUGUUAUGUAA